AUGAAGCCGGCAGAGCGGGCCAAAUCACUGGAGGUCCUUCAGUUAGAGUUGGAGCCCGUGAACAACCAAGCCAGGAGGGCCUUUGCUCGUUUGAGGCAGAACCUGGUGCAGAGACGCAGGACUCAUCUCGGUCACCGAAGGGCCAUCAUCCAGGGCAUCCCUGGCUUCUGGGCCAAAGCCAUUGUGAACCACCCCGAGAUGUUGGCCAUGAUCAGCGAUGAAGAUGAAGACUUGCUUAGCUACAUGAUCGACUUGGAGGUGGAGGAAAUCAGGCAUCCCAUUCACUGCUGCAAGAUCAUGUUGUUCUUUCGGAACAACCCGUACUUCCGGAAUAAAGUGAUUAUUAAGGAAUAUCUCAUUAAUGUCACCGGAUACAGGGCAUCUCAUUCCACUCCAGUUCAGUGGUAUCAGGAUUAUGAACAUGAGGCUUAUAGCCGCAGGCACCACAACAGCAGUGUUAACUUCUUCAACUGGUUUUCUGACCACAACUUUGCAGGAUCUAACAGGAUCGCUGAGAUCAUCUGUAAAGACCUAUGGCUCAAUCCCCUGCGGUACCACAUGAGGAUGCAGGUGCCUGGACAGGGAACCGAGAGGGCAGGUGAGCAGCUCAGGAAGUAG